AACAAAUCGCUCACAUGGCACACAACAAAUAUGGAAAAGUUAGGGCACUUUGAACUGACGUCACAUUUAAUCUCACCUUGAAGUCGUCAUCAGCCAAUGGGGAUAUUUGUUGACGCAGUCAGCGACCAACGAGGGCAGUCGUGAAGGGAGUUCCACUAUCGUUCGCCACCAGCAAGGAUAUAUAAACUGCCGAUGGAGUUCGAAAAGGGGUUUGAAGCAAAUCACGAAUAGCGGUACUGAACAGACUCAGGCAGGGUCCUUGCUACUGAACACAGACUCAGAGAUCAGCGAGACCGAAGAGCUCUAAACGGUUUCGAUUGCUAUCGGCUUUUAUUUAUUAUUUUGAAACACAUUUUCCAGUGUGUCAUGCAACUUUCUAAAUUCAGCUAUUGAUUAUUUUUAUCUUCUAAAAAAAUCACUUCUGUUGACUUCCUGUCUUGAUGUAAACAGACCUGGCACAGAGGUGCUUAUACCUUGCAAAAAAAGGGUAUAUUCCGAAAUUAAACUGCAGAACAAAGUGACCAUGCCUUACGAUCUAGCGGGUGUGUUUGACAACCGGGCGGAUUAUAAAUCCGAGAAACAGUGCCAAAGAACCUCCUUUGCCUUCUACCAAGCAGUGCGGGACCUGCUACCAGUAUGGGUACUCGAGGACAUGCGGACAAUGGAGGUGUUUCACUGGGAAGAUGACGGGCGGGCGUGCGCUUUUACUCCAUCCGAGGCUUUUCUGUAUGCACUUGUGCACGAUCAUCAACAAUACGCCAGAUACCUGCUCAACAGAUACUCUGUCGGCGCACUGGAGAUGCCCAGUCGAAGCUUCUGCUGCUGCCAAGCAUCUGCAACACCGCAUCUCACAGUAGCUGUCCGCUAUAACCGUAUUACUAUCCUGAAAAUGAUUCUGGACUCUCUGAAAGACUUCUCCGAUAGCGAGCGCGUGAGCUACUUUAACAGUCGUGGAUGUUUUCACAUGGAGGGAGGCAAAGGCGCAUUGCAUCUGGCGUGCGAACUGGUUCGCCCUGAGUGUUUGAUCCUGUUACUAGGACACGGUGCAUGUCCUUAUGUCACAGAUCGAGAUGGGAACACCCCCUUGGACUGCCUCUUAAAUCAGAUACGCCAGGGUGAGCCUGACAUGCGCCGGAAGCACGUCUGCCUUGGUUAUCUCAUUCUCUUCAUGCCAAAAUUGCAUUUUCAAAUGAAGGGAAAGUUGGAGAAGAAUCCAGGGCUGUGGCAGGGUCUUAUUGGAGAGCAGGCGUUCCAGUGGCUAUCAGGACUAUCUCCCCCCUCUCUCUUUGUUCAGGCUAUGCAGAAGAUGACCCAGUCCAUACCUGUUGAACAGCUGGACCCUCUGCCAGACUUUCUGAAACCACUGGACUUCAGGCUACACCAGUAUGCCAGUUGAACACUCUCUCAGACCUCUCAGAUAAAACUACUGUACUGACUUCUGGAAUCAAAUAUUUAUUUUUGGCUAUGGUGUGAACACUUUGACAACAGUGUCAAUAAAAGUGAAUUAAAUGCAGCAUGUGGCUUUGUAAAUAGCAACUCAAAAUGUUCUUUACAUUUUGAUGUUUAAAAACAAUGCACUUUAGAAUAAAUGUCGACUUGUCAUAUUUGACACUAAAGAGUGAAUUUAAUGGUGUUAAUGUUGCAAUGUGUAAAUAAAAUACUAUUAUUGUCUAUCAAAUAUAUUAA